GCCCGGCGGGCCGGCUCGGCGCAAGGGCACGCCCGGCGGGCACGCCUGGCGCUCCGGCCGAGCGGACGCGGGGAGCAGGCUCCGGCUCCAUGGACUAGCCGCGGCAGCGGAGGGACCUUCGACCGCCCGCUCGGCGAAACUUAGCGAGCAGGCUGCUGCCCCGACGCUGUGCCAUAGAAGAUGCACUAUUACCGAUAUUCUAAUGCAGAAGUCAGCUGUUGGUACAAAUACUUGCUCUUCAGCUACAACAUUGUCUUUUGGCUAGCUGGAGUGGCCUUCCUUGCAGCUGGUCUGUGGGCAUGGAGUGAAAAGGGUGUGUUGUCUGAUCUGACAAAGGUGACUGGUCUUCACGGUCUGGACCCAGUGGUGCUUGUCUUAGUGGUGGGAAUAGUGAUGUUUACUUUGGGAUUUGCUGGUUGUGUGGGAGCACUGAGAGAAAACAUCUGCCUGCUGAAGUUUUUCUGUGGAACAAUUGUGUUUAUAUUCCUGUUGGAGCUGGCAGUAGCAGUUAUGGCUUUCCUGUUCCAGGACUGGGUGAGGGACAGGGUAAAAGAAUUCUUUGAGAAUAACAUUAAAUCCUACCGAGAUGACAUUGACCUCCAGAACAUCAUUGAUUCACUACAGAGAAUUAACCAUUGCUGUGGUGCCCAAGGUCCAGAAGACUGGGACUUCAACAUAUACUUUGACUGCAAGAGUGAAAGCAAAAGUCGCGAGAAGUGCGGAGUUCCUUUUUCCUGUUGUAUACCUGAUCCUGCUCAAAAGGUUGUGAAUACUCAGUGUGGCUAUGAUAUCAGAAAGAAGAGCAAAAGUCAAUGGGAUGAUCAGAUUUUUGUCAAAGGAUGUAUUCAUGCGCUUGAAGCUUGGUUACCCCGAAAUAUCUACAUUGUGGCAGGUGUCUUCAUAGCUAUCUCACUGCUCCAGAUUUUUGGGAUUUUCCUAGCCAGAACACUGAUUUCUGAUAUUGAAGCUGUAAAGGCAAGUAAUGCCUUCUGAAUAUGAAAACAGACCCAUGUUGCAAGGCAAGUAUAUGUUCAGAUUAUUGAUUGGACACCAAGGCAGAAGAAAUGCACGGACCACGAAAUACUCCCAUUGUUAAAAGCCUUAUAUGGAUCUUUUUUCCCUGCUCAAGGUUUUUGUUAGAAGCUAUUAAAAAAAAAAAAAUCACUGAACAUAUGCUGUCUACCUUUUUUCUGGCAAGGCAAGUCAGCGCACCAGCGUUGAUCUCUGAGGAAGAAAUGGAAUUUCCCAAGACAUUGGCAGAACAGAUUUUAAAGACUGUAGCAGGGAGCCAUGAAACUGCUGUAAACUCUUUCCUUGAAGGAUUGCUAAGAAGAUUGUUCUGUCUUCACUCCUGUCUUCUGUCUUAAAAUGUAAUAGUUUCAAAUGUCACAUGCUGAUUUCUCCAGAAUCUUGCAAUCAUAUUAAUCUCUCCAGCAGACUUAUCCAGUCGUUUUUGGCAACAUAUCCAGCUACCAUAAUUGGAAAUUG